CGGAGAUCGAGUGGGUUCCAUACUUGGUGGUUCAGUCCCACCAUGAGCAUCAAGGAGUUUGUGGACAUAUCCACCAUCCAUGGGUUGCGUUACGUUGGACCUCAAUCCCAUCCAUUGGGGAGAUUGUUUUGGAUUUUUUGCUUGGUUUUCAGUCUCUCGUGUGCCAUUUGGAUCAGUUAUCUGAACGUUGAUGGAUGGAGAACCAAUCCAGCAGUGGUCACGUCCGUUGAUGUGGUAAAAGUCGAGAACAAUGUUUUACUACCCACUAUCACAAUUUGUCCAGUCAGUAGUCGAGCAAGAAAAGUGGUCAUGGAUGUUUUCAAUAACCCAGAGUUCUUGAGUCAAAAUACCACCAUUCAAUUUCGACGAUCAUUCGACUUGUUGGCGUGUGGCUCUUCUAUUAUGAGUUAUAUUCAAUCGCCAUAUACUAUCCAGAGAAACUUGGAAAGCCUCAAAGCUCAGCUCAAAAAUCAGACCUCCGCCCUAUGUAGUCCUCCAUCCAACUCAAUGAAGGAGACGUGUGAACUUGUAGCUAUUCUCAUUAAAAUCCAAGGGUUUGUUCGGCUCAAGAAAAAUGUGAAAGGCGUAGCUAUUCAUCAUAGUGUUCAAGAAACACUUUCGCAAAUUCGUGGCCAAGCUGAAUACGACAAUUCGUCAGUGGAUUUAAAUUUAGUCCAAAAAGUAUUGAAAGACGUCAAGAUGGAAAAAACCGUUUUGGAAGCAAAUUUUGACGACGAGGAUUGGACAAAUGUCAUCAGGGGAUAUUUAAUUCUAACCUCGAAAUUGGCCCAUGAGUUCUCAACCACCAUGAGGUUUGAACUUAUUCCAUGGGACAAAAUUCCUAAUCAAGGCGAUUGUGCCCAUUUGAAGGCCAUCGACAAUUAUGGAACUUACUUACUUAUCUCAGCAGGAAAAGACUCUUCACUGAGCAAUCAAAUUAAAGACAUGAGUAUGAAAGCCAUCAAUUCAUACCUUGGUUUGGAUGGGACCGUGCCUUUGGAGCAAAUUGCGUCUACUUUUCUCGAGUUUCAACCUCAAACAGAGUUUAUGCACCCAUGCUUAAGGUUGCAACAAGGAUUCAAGUCAUGUCAAAAUUCAUCCCGCCUUGAUCAAUCUUGUCGGCACUAUUGUCAACUUGUUGGAAACGCCACCAAAAGUAUUCCCCGACUGACUCAAAUCUUGCGCUUUUUUUAUCCUGGGGAAAACGCUCCAACCCGAGAAAAGGUUUUCAAAUCCUUUCCUUUGUGUAAAAGACCAGGUUUUCCACUAACGACGAAUUGCUUGGAUGAGAUUCUGACCGAAAACGGACUUUGUUUCGCCUUGAACACGCCAAAAUGGAGCAAUGAGAGCAAUUUGUUCCACGAAAUCCGCGCUGUGCAAACCAAUGACUUGGGCCAAGGUCAAAAACUUGCAUAUGACUUUGGCGACAGCUUUGGUAUGCAUAAGGUAUUUGAUUUGGAAGUACCAAGAACUGCCAAUGACGAUUUGAACUCAUUCGUAAUGUCCAUUGGAUCCAUGGCUGACUCGAGCUCGUUGUCAAACGCUUUCCAAAUACUGAUGGAACCCGGAUGGAGCACCUAUCUAGGCUUCGUGGCCUCAUCUUCGGUGGAAAACACGGACGCUUUCAUGGCCAUGGAUCCGGCGAGUCGAGAAUGCUACGGUCAUUACGAGAAGAACUUGAAAUGGUUUGACUUCUAUUCGAAAUCUAAUUGCCUGUUGGAAUGUGCAUGGUCCAAUGCCCAGGAACACUGCGGAUGUGUGCCUUGGUAUUUGAAGGAGAAGAUCCCUAAAGCCACAAUUUGUGAGUUUAUGGGCCAUGCUUGCUUUCAGAAGAUUGUGCGAGAACGCUCAACCAAUCCAAAGACAAGAUACCGUCCGACCGAAUGGAGCAACUUUCCACAAUGGAAGCAAAAAUGCGAAAUUGAGUGUUUGAACGAUUGUGAGGCGGUCCAUUACGAACUUAAAACAUUAUCUGCCAGACCAUUGAGGACCAACACCAAAAAGUGUCCCACAUCGGGUUCCAAAGGAGAGAAUUGGUUGGUUUGCGAUUAUCGGAACUUUUCAGAUGCAGCUGUUUCUGAGCAAGACCGAACAUUUGCUUAUAAGCUAGGGUAUGGAAAGUACAUCAACUCAUGGGGAACCUUACGUUCCGAAUUGAGCUUCAUCGAAGUUCACAUGAUCGUUCAAACCUUGACUCGAAUCACCAAGACAGCAACAGUCACGCCGAUAGAUAUGAUUUCAAAUAUUGGAGGAACCAUUGGCUUGUUUUCGGGAUGUUCCAUCUUAAGUAUGAUCGAAAUAUUGUACUGGUUGGUCCAAGCUGGAGUAACCUAUAUCAGAAAAAAUGGAACAAUGCUCGCAGCGACUAAGUAAUCAGAGACAUCGAAAACGCAAGGAUGCGCUCUUAUUUCACGCAACCUCUCAACUCCCGUUGCUUAUUUACGUUUGAACCUCACAUUUUCAUCUGAAUGUUUGCGGAUUAUAUUGAGCAAACUGGUCUUAAGAUUUCAAUUGUUGUUCUAAUUAAAUGCAUGGAAAGUCACAGCAAUUGAAAUCUUGGUAAAUUGCCUUAGAAACAAUAUGCUUAAUAUACGUCAAUUACAAAAUACAAUUAUGUUUUCGCGCAGUUGGCGCACAUACA